AUGUUGACACUUACACUUGAUGAACUAAGGAACCACUCCCUGAUAACAAAUCGAACUUUUCUUUCUUUUUUACCCCUCACUUCUCUCUCUCUCUCUCUCUCUAUCUCUUUAACUCUGUACCUCUGUCUCUUGAUUGGCUGGCUGGCUGGCUGGCUAUCUGACCGUUCCCAAUUUGACCGUCUUUCCUCUCCCUCUCUUUCUCGCUCUGCUUCUCCCUCUCACUUAUCUGUCAGUCUAUCCGUUCGUCCGUCUCAUCUAUCUAUCUAUCUAUCUAUCUAUCUAUCUAUCUAUCUAUCUAUCUAUCUAUCUCACUUGCCCGCUUACUGUUUUCUGUCUGUCUCGAUAACAGUUUGCAUGUCUGCUCGUCUAUCAGUUUAUCUGUGUGUGUGUGUGUGUGUCUCUUUUUCUAUCUAUCUAUCUUGCUUGAUGUCGUCUGUCUCGAUUACAGUCUGUCUAUCCUUCUUCCUUUCCCCCCACUCUCUCUCUCUCUCUCUCUCUGUCUCUGUCUCACUCGCUCUUUCUCUCUCUAAUAGCGUUGUAAAAAGCACCAUAAAAGAAGAGGGUAGAAACACUCCCUCUCCCUCCCUCCCCCCCCCUCCUCUCCCUCCUCUCUCUCUCUCUCUCUCUCUCUCUCUCUCUCUCUCUCUUUAUCUAUCUAUCUAUUUAUCUCUUCACACACCGAAUACCGUAGGAGCCUGUAGUUUGUAA